AUGCCGAAACUCUGGACUCUCGUCGCCGUUUUAGGUGUAUUUUCUAGCCUUGACACUGCCUCAUCGACCUCACUUCCACAUGUUCGCCGUGGGAAUUCAAACAUUAAUUCGAUUAAAUACAUCUGCAGCGUAGAUGUCACAUUUUUUGGAUCAAACAUAUAUAAUAGUGUCAACAGUGCCAAAUCACAGGCUGGGGGAGUCCAACUCCGUGCAAUUAGUCAAUCUGCUAGCAAUGUACCCAACAUUCAAGUUAAUCAGCUGAUAUCAUGGCAAGAUGGAACCUUUCUCUACCCCAUAGCAAGUACUAGUAGCUCACAAAACCGAGACACAUCCAGAUAUUUUGUCGUCCUGAACAGCAACUGGGACAUCUCAUCCAUGGUCAUCCAGUACGCAUCGGGGGACGCUACUCCCUGCGCCGAGAUGACUUGA